ACAAACAGUGAUAAGUCGCGGCGAGAACCAGGCUGGACAAGAGGACUUGCCAAACGAAAGAGUCGACUCGAAGUAGUGCGUGUGCGUGCGUGUGUGUGCGUGUGUUUGGGUGUGUGUGUGUAUGUGUGUGUGUGGUUGUAAAUCAAAAAGUUACACUUGGGAAAUAGAUCUCUUCACUCUACUCUACUCGACUUCGUACAUCCGAUUCCGAAAACAUGUUCCGUGUGUCGGCCACAGCUUCGCUGCUGCUGCUAAUCGUUGCGGUUGCGCAGGAAUUAAUUGUAACGGCAACGCAAGAUUUGCCCGAAGGCUUUCCCAAAUGUAAACGAGAUGCAAACUUUGACAAGUGUCUGGUGGAUGCUGUCAACCAUGCCAUAGUGCUGCUGAAAGAUGGCAAUAAAGAAUUCGGCAUUCCGCCGCUGGAGCCGCUGUCCGUGAAGAAACUUGUUAUAGAUGCCGGCAAUGCGCCAAUAAAUCUACGUCAGGCCUUGAAGAAUGUGAAGGUGCACGAUCUGAUCUCCACCAGCAAGAUCCUACGGUACAAAACCGAUCUGGACAAGCACUUGAUUAUCUGUGAGAGCCGCACGGAUCGCAUUGAGAUGAUCGGCGACUACGAGAUGUCCGGUCGCAUUCUCCUGCUGCCCAUCACCGGCCAUGGCAGGGCGAAUGUGACGCUGGUGAACACCAAGAUCGAGCAUCGUCUGAUUGGGGAGCCCUUCGAAAAGGAUGGCGUCAAGUAUAUGCGCCUCAAGGAUUAUCGCGUUAACUUCGAGCCGAAGCGUGUGUAUCUGAAAUUUGAGAAUCUCUUCAACGACAAGACCCUCUCCGAUGGCAUGAAUCGCUUUCUGAACGAGAACUGGGAGACGGUAUUCAAUGAGCUGAAAUCUGGUUAUGCCAAGAGCUUUGGCUUGAUAUUCCGCGAGCUGUCAAACAAACUGUUUGAGAAGGUACCCUUCGAUACUAUAUUCUUAAGUUAAUGGUUGGAUUUCGUGCAUCUAAUUUAUGUUACUAUUUAGUCAAUAAAGGAUUUUUU